CAUGGUAAAGUUGUACCAUGAGAUCAGAGAAAGAGGCAUCAAGAUUUUCUUGAUCUCUUCCCGGAAAGAAUAUCUCAGAUCUGCCACCGUUGACAACCUGAUCCAAGCCGGUUACUAUGGCUGGUCCAACCUCAUCCUCAGUUAAGGAUCUUAAUUUAAAUGGUAUGUCCAAUGGUGAGACUGCUAAUGGAAUCCUUAACAAGGAAAAAGAAAAAAGGUAGAAUAAGUAUACCUCUUGAUAGCUCCAUAACCAUGGCUAAAGUCCAGAGCUGUUGCUAUCUUAAUUCACAUUUGAUUGUACAGGCUGCAUAACGCAUCACUCAAGACUCCCGAGAGACUCAAAUGGCUAUGGUUACAUCAGACCGAGUAACUAUGUUGAAAAAUGUCAAACCAUUUAAAUCAACUUGGGUUGUCGAAGUCAAGGUUCUGCAUUCAUGGACACAGAAAUCUAAUUACCCUGGUGGAGACCCUCUUCAGUUCAUACUCGCAGAUAGGACAGGUGUUAAGAUUCAUUGCACCUGUAAGAGACUCUUCUAUCCUCGUGUCAAGAAGCUUCAGGCUGCUGGUCAAUGGAGGUUCAUUGAGAACUUCUCUGUAACUCCUGCUGGUGGAAAGUACCGACCUACGAGCCAUGAAUACAAAAUCUCCAUCACCAAUCUGACCAACGUCACCAAUUCAUCACUGAAAAUUGAUGAUAACUUUUUAUCAUUAACCACUUUCUCAGACAUCAUUAAUGGAAGUCUCGAUUCUAAUUUUCUUAUUGAUGUUAUUGGGCAAGCAAUAGAUAUUGGAGAUAUGCAGGUUGUGCCAGUGCAAAGCAGGGAAACCAAGAAGCUGGAGUUCACAUUGACAGAUACAGAUGAUCACCAAAUAGCAUGUUGUUUAUGGGGUCGUUUUGCUGAGCAUGUUUAUUAUGCAUACAAAGUUGGUCAACUGAAUAAGAAUUUCCUCUGCUUAUUGAGAUUUGCUAAGAUCAAUGUUUACAAGGGACAAGUCCAGAUAACUAAUGCAUUUGAGACUUCAACUCUUGAGAUCAAUCCACCUGGAUUUGAUGUUCAAGAUUAUCAAAGAGUGAUGCCAAAUAAUGAUCUUGCGCUCACAUCUGUUAAUCGUGAGGUUGUGAAACCUAAAGGAAACCAACGCCAAGCUGAUAAGUGGUCUCUUUAUCCAGAGAGAACAGUCUUGGAUAUCAUAAUGGCCACUGAGAUUGAAAAAUGCAUUGUUAAGGCAACAAUUUAUGCAAUCGACACAGACUGGGCAUGGUAUUAUUUUGGGUGUGUUAAGUGCCACUUCAAGAAGGUGACUAACAUCACUAAGAAGGAUGUCGUGCCGGUGAAUCAUCUGUGGUAUUGCGAUUCAUGCAAACAGUCGGUUACAGAUGUUGCACCGAAGUUAAAGUUGCAUCUACUAAUAAAGGAUGACACUGGUGAAACUAAGGUGAUGUUGUUUGAUACUAUUGCUGAACCUAUUGUGGGUUUAAGUGCUGAAGUGCUUUUAGAUGGUUCUCUAGAAGAGGUUGAGGAUCCUGAAGAUUUGCCUGAGCCUAUUAAUGGUUUAAUUGGGAAGACUUUCAAGUUUGGUGUCUAUGUGGGCAAAGAAAAUGUUGACUAUGGAUCUCAUAUAUUUACUAUUGGGAAGACCUGGUCAGCUGAUGAGAUAAUAUCUCAAUCUGACGAUGAGAAAACUGAAGAUACAUUGACUAUCCUUUCAUCUGAUCGUUCAUCAGGACAGGUAUCUUACGUCACGAUAGAAAGCGAAGAUAACACAUGUUUGUCUUCUAAUCCACUAUCCAAACGAAAAGGAGACAAUGAAGUUGAUGACCUUUCUUCUACUUCAAAGAAACAAUGCUCUAAGAUAAUAAAAGUGGAAAAGAAUGCUGAUGAGUAGUGGAAAAGAAGGCUGCGUGGAGUUAUGAAUUUGGUUGCAUCUUAUUUCAUUAUCAUGUUUUAUGUUUUUCAAUUAUUUGGUUCUUUUCAAUUUGGAAUUUUUUUAUUUUUCAAUAACUACAAGUUCUAAUAAAAUUUCCUUUUAAUAAA